AAGGAAAUUAAAUCAUUUUUUCCACGUAACUCUUCAACUACGAUACAAAAUUGAAGUUUACGGACGUUUUCUAAAAUAUAAAAUCUCGCAAAAUGGACUCCGCAACGUCAUCAAGAUAUAAAAUGGAUGAAUUAAGUGUCUCAAGCAGGAUAAAACGUGAAACGUCAAAGGCUGAGCCAUGCAAAGCAAUGGAAUUAGGGUCGAAAGUUUCUUCAACGGCUAAUGAUAUUGUGAAUGAUUUAAAUUCUAUUCCUAUUAUUGGCGAGUUCUUGGGCGACUUUACUGCAGGUAUUUCAGUGGUGUCUCAUUUAUUUUCCGGGGGAUUAGACAUAGUUCAAACAGCAGUGGACUGCGGCGAUCUCCCAUUCGACGAAAUAAAAGAGAUUAUGAAUAGAAGAUUCAACGAAAUUGACAGGAAGUUGGAUGAACAAACAGCAGCUCUGAGGGAGAUUAUGACAUUGGUAAAUAAAACAUUGAUUUCCGUUGAACAAACCAGACUCGAAAUGCAUGCGCGAUUCGAUGAGGUCAUAGAAACGAUCGAGAUCACCCAAGUAGAUCCGAUAACAUCGAAAAUUAAUAAUUUCGUUCAAUAUUUCUUCACUGAAUCCGAGAAAAUAAAAGGCUUAAAUAACAAUGAUUAUGUCAAUAGGUUAGCAAAUGGAGAAAAUAACUUUUUAAAAUAUUUAUCAGACUAUAGAACCCCAGAAGGAUUGCUUUCCUUCUUGCUAAAUAUCAUAAAGCUGCGAUACGCUAUUCCGAAAACAUCUCAUGACAAGGCUGCAUUCAAAGCUAUUGAUGCAUUAAUAUAUGGCUCGCAUACGUAUGUUAAUGUUAUGUUCUUUUUAAUUGAACAAUAUGCUUAUUUGGUCAACUACUUUUUCCGUAUGAGUGACGUUGAUAACUAUAAUAGAUUCUUAAAUGGUAUGAUAAACACCUUCAAAGAUUUCAGAAGGUCUCUCAUCGGAAGAGGCGUAGCAGGAAAAGAGGAACCAUUGCUGCUUAGAGUAAUAGAAUUGCUGCAAGAAGUGAAUAGUUUAGAUUUUGUUUGGGCUACGAAAGCUAGACGCUUGACAGACUCCAUCCGAUUAUUUGAAAGCAUUAAAUUAAAAGUUCAAAAUAUGACCUUACCCGCAAUAGAAGAAGAACCACAAAACUUUGUGCAAUUCUCGUUUAAAAGGAAUAUUAAAACUCCGAUCGGCGAUUGGGUAGAAGGUAAGCGAGUUAGUUAUGCGGUUCAGUACAAAAGUGGUGAUAAAUAUGCAAGGAUUGGAGAAUGGUCCCAUCCAGUUUUCGUACAGGAAAGAGCUUGCCCAACUCUUAAAAUACCAAUCGAUAAGUUACGGCGCGAUAGACUCGUGUUUAGAAAAUUCUUAGGCGAAACACCGAAACUAAUUGGGACACUUAAAAGCUAUGAGACUGAAUUCACUGAUAUUAAUAGAGAUUUCUACGAUGCUGUUGAUAGUCCUGAUAAAGAAUCAGGUAUGAGAGCUGCAACAAUUUUGUUACGAGAAGGAGCUGAUGCAAACGCGAUGUUUGAAAAUGGCAGGCGAGCUCUUCAUGCAGCUGCAAAAUGGGGCAAUACUGAAAUCGCAUCAAGUUUGCUCUUGGGAAAACCUUAUUCAGAGAAAAAUGCACGAGACAAAGCUGGUUUUACUCCUAUGCAUGUUGCUGUAGAAGCUGGACAGGAGGAGUUUACGAAUCUGCUGAUAAGACAUCGGUCUACCAUUGGCGUACAAUCCUAUCCUCAACUUUUUACUCCUCUGCAUUUGGCAGCCCGGAAUGGUUUCAUAAAAACAUUGGGAAAUCUGUUAACAAGCACGGUUGACUUGAAUGCCAAAGAUAUGUCAGGAUUCACUCCUCUGCAUAAUGCCGUUAUGGGCGGUGAACAGGUAGUUAAUAUGAUAGUAAAUACUGGAAGGGCUUCAAUUAAUGCACAGUCCAAAACAAAGUUGACGCCUUUUCAUUUGGCAGUGAUAAACAACGAUAUGAAGGUAGCACAGAGUUUAAUUAACAGUAAAGAAGUUAAUAUCAAUGCUGGUGAUGACAAUAAUAUGACUCCUUUACACCAUGCAGCAAUGAUGGGGCAUUUAGAGAUGGUGAACUAUCUUCUGGGUGCAGAAGGGAUAAAAAUAAACGAAGGAACUAAUGAUAACAAAUGGGCUCCAAUUCACUAUGCAAUAUUUUUCAGAAAAGAUAAUGUAAGUAAACGUCUAUUAGAAGAUGAGAGACUUAAAGUGCGAACAGCAGCUAAUGGUUGGCUUACAGCUUUGCAUUUUGCAGUAACUUUCGGGAGAAAAGAUGUUCUUUUAGCAAUAAUUAAACGUGGCGCUCUCAUAGAUCAGCAAACACAGGAAGGUUACUCACCCCUUCACCUAGCCGCAAUGAGAGAAAAACCGGAUAUACUUAGUAUUCUCAUACAGAAUAAAGCUAAAAUAGAUGCAAGAACCUUUAAAAGUUCAACGCCAUUGCAUGAAGCUGCAUAUCGUGGAAGACUAGAAAACGUUCUGGUGCUCCUCGAUAAAAGGGCUGAUAUACGAGCGGAAGAUGAAAUGGGUAACACGCCUAUUCAUAAGGCAGCUUUAAAUGGAGCCAUUUCUGUAGUUGAUCUCUUCCUAAGACGUGACCACAGUCUACUAGAACUGAAAAAUAAUCUUGGGGAGACUCCUCUUCAUAUGGCAUCUCAAAAUAUGCAUUCAGCAGUUGUGAAAUUUUUAAAAGUCAAAGGCGCAUCUGCGGAUGUCAAAAAUAGCAACGGCGAAACACCCAUACAUAUGUUUGCAAAAGGAGGAAAUUUGGACAUGAUUGAUUAUCUAAUCAGUAAUGGAGGAGGCAUUUAUGAUUUUGACUCACGGAGUAAUGAUUUCAUGUAUUAUGCCAUUCAAAACGGACAUAUUGAUGUAGUAAAAUAUGGUUUUGAGAAAAAAAAAUAUGACUACAACAAAAUUGUUAAAAAGCAUAUCCCACCGCGUUGCCCCAAGUCAUGCCCAUGGGUUUUUUGCGAUGCAAAUCAGUUCGAUCAACUAGACAUGAUGAAGUAUUUUUUUGAUAAAAUAAACCCAAAAGAUUGCGUGUUACUAAGUGAAGCAGCUUUUCAUGGUCAUAUAGACAUAGUUAAGUAUUUCAUUCAAGAAAAAAAGGCUGACAUUGAGAAGGGGUCAUCUGCAUCUGACCCACCACUUUGCUCUGCUGUUUAUGCCGGACAUUUGAAUAUAGUGAAAUAUCUAAUAGAAAAGGAUGCGAGUGCUAAAGGCAUAUGCAACGCAGGAUUUUUAAAUCGAGCUAUUCAAGCAAAAGUGGAUAGUGAAACUAGAGUAGAAAUUAUUAAGUUGUUAGCUAUGAAUGGAGUUGAUAUAAAUUUGAGAGACGAAAGCGGCCAACUACCUUUACAUCAAGCUAUAUUCUUGAAUGAUCUGAGUGCUGUGAAAUAUUUUAUAGAAGAAUUGGGUAUUUCAGUGAACGAGCCUACAAGUGAUGUAUUUCGUAGUACACCUCUACACUUGGCAGUUCACUAUGAAUUAUAUAAUAUUGUCAAGUAUCUCGUUGAAAGAGGAGCUAAUUUGAAUGCAAGAAAUCUUAAAAAUCAAACUCCCUACGACUUGGCUGUUAAUUUGUCAUCUAAGUUAAUAAUUGAUUAUCUCAAAUCAAGAAGGAAUCGUUUCCUUCGAAGUUUAACGAUAAGCACUUUAAAUAAAAAUGAAUCUAUGAAUUUUAAAACAAGGUCUUUUGAUUCCAUUACAAAAGAAGACCAGAAGCUAGUUCGUCUAGCAGAUCAUAAACAAGAGAGAACAAUCAACAGAAUUUCAAGUUUUAAGUCUUUUCAGGAUAUUGAUGCAAUUGGGACUCUGCUUUUGUUUAACGUGUUCGUCAGAAAGUUUACUGGAGAAAAAUACAUCAAUACAGCAAAGCAAACUAAUUUUGAAGAUGAUUCCACAGUUGAAGCUUUGAGGAUUACUGAAAAUCUCCAACGUUUUUUGAAAAGUAGACCCACUUUCUUACCAGAAGAGAAAAUUGAUUUCUAUAAAGUAUAUUCAAGUAUUAAAAGAGCAAUGGCAAGUGGUAGCAACACUAAGCUGCACAAAAUCUUGUGUAGAUUUGCAGAAGAAUCUGAGAUGCUUACUCCGGUGGAAAUUCAAGAACUAAUGAAUGUUCAUAUUGGGAAAGAAGGAAUACAGUCCUUUAAAAAGACAAUUCCUUUAGAGAGCAAUUCAUUUAUAAAUCUGUGGCAUUCAGCUACGGAAACCUGCUCCACUGUAGAGUUUACUACGAAAUCUCUUGAUAUGUGAAGUUCUGUAGCCGACCUCUUUUCAGUUGCUGAAAUAUUCAGAAUAGAUUCAAGGUUAAGAACUUAGAAAGAAAAAAAGCUGCAUCUUUACUGAAUGGAUUGAUGUUCCAUGGCGGAAAUUUGCGAAGUGGUAACCUAAAUUAUGAAAAAUAAGAAUCGCGUAACUAAUCAUGAACCACGAUAAAAAAAAAAGAAAAAAGAAAGAAAACAGUUUUGUAAACAUAUCUAUAAAUCAAAAUGUGUCAUUUUUGCAUGGCACUGCAUCAUUUUUAAUGAAAAAUUGAAAAUAAGUUGUAUUUUAACAACUGUACCUAGAUAAUUUUUGUAUUAAAACGGUACUUUGGGAUUA